AUGAAAAUAAUAUGCUGGAAUAUCCGUGGACUGGGGAAUCCACGGGAAGUGAGAAGGCUUCUAUUUUCGCUGAAGCAACAAAAUCCCCAAAUGGUCUUCUUUAUGGAGACUAAAAUUAAUGAGAAGUGGAUGAAGAAAAUUAGGAGGAGAUGUGGUUUUGGAAAUGGGAUUGAUGUCAGUGCAGAAGGGUCUCGUGGAGGAAUUUGUCUAGCAUGGAAAGAAGAUAUCCAGGUUAGUCUAAAAAUAUUCUCAUUAACUCAUAUUGAUGUACUGGUGAAAGGAGAGAAUAUCACUGAUGAAUGGAGGUUUAAAGGCUUCUAUGGGUCACCUUAUAUACAGAAUAAAAAUGUCUCAUGGAAUCUAUUGAGGAACUUGGGUAAGGAAUCAGAUCACCCUUGGCUAGUGGGUGGGGAUUUUAAUGAAAUAAUGUACUCUUUUGAAAACAGCGGGGGUCAACAAAGAGAGGAGAAGAUGAUGGAAGCCUUUCGUGAGGUUCUAGAAGAAUGCCAUCUAACUGAUGUGGGAUAUACGGGGGUAUGGUUUACAUGGGAAAGAGGGAAUAUGGCGGAAACAAAUAUCAGAGAGAGAUUGGAUAGGGAUGUUGCAAAUGAAAAAUGGAUAAAGCUUUUUCCAAGAGGUAAUGUUCAUCAUUUAACAUCUUCAUUAUCUGAUCAUUGCCCCCUUUUAAUUAAUACAACAAUUGGAUAUAAUUUUAUGGGAAUUCCAAAAUUCAAAUUUGAGGCAUGGUGGACUAUAGAGGAAUCACUUGAACAAGAGGUCAAGAAAAUGUAG